AUGGACCUUAAAACAAUGCAUGGAGAGAUGAAUGAGCCAUUGAGUGAGGAGGAGCAAAACAUACUAGAUCAAGCCCACAACAUAUUUGGAGACAACUGGACUGAAAUUUCAAGAAGAUUGCCAGGACGUAACGAUAGUUAUGUUAAGAAUCAUUUGAACGCCAUUAAGCAAGUCGAGGAUGCCAAGAAAAAAUCCAUGAAAAUGGUGAAAAUUGAGAACCAACCUAAUUACAUUUUUGAAGGUUUGACUACUUUAGAAGAUGAACUUGGUGGAUAUGUGCCAAUGACGUUCAAUGAUGAUUAUGAGUUAUAUGGAUUAGAGUUUUAUCCCGAGGCUCCCAUGAAGAAGGAAAUCAAUUUCAUGAAGAUGUUAUGUGGAAACCUUUAG